UUGACAUUUAGUGUCACGGCGUGCGCGCCGUCGGUGUGACGUCGCGUCGCUGGUUGUGGUUUGUGAUUUUAGUCAGCAAAAACAAGGUAAAUAAAGCUUAUUUAUACGUAUAAACUAAUUUAGUUUGAUUAAUAUGAGUGUUAUACUAUACAAUAGUGCCGUUUUUUUACUUGUAGGGAUAAAAAGCAUAGAAAAAUCAAAAAAUUCAACGAAUUAUUGAAAUGUUAUUUGCCUACUGCUUAAGCUUCUUGCUAACUUAUUUUACUGUAGGUAUUUAUUGUAUUUAUCAAUACUGUUUCACAGAUGGCUUCUAAACGGAAGAAACUAGCUCCAAGUAACCGUCCAAGUUUGUUUGCUGCUGAAGAUGAUGCGGAUGAGAGCCAUCACGACCCUUACAGUGACGUAGAUUGUGAGUUUGGCUCAGAUACAAAUUAUGAUCCAGAUGGCGUUCAAGAAAGCGAAAGCAGGAUUCUGAAGAGGGCAGUGACAGUGCGUCCGAAGAAGGCUCAUCGCAUGAACCAGAGGAAGGAGAUUGGAACCUUCAUCGGCGCGCACCGCAGCCUCCAGUUUUCACCUCUCAAGAAGAGUUACACAGGCAAAAUUAAAAUGGAAAAAUUUGCGAGACACGCACCGUGAAAAAUUAAAAAAAAUCAAGAAGACAACAAGUGGACAGUCACAAAAACAAAUAAAACCCUGGAAGUACAUGAGUCACAUGGAAUUUUUGCUUCCAUAUAUGACAAAUGCGGAACGAGAUACAAAUGUUACACCACAUCCUGAUAUUUCGACAUGUUUCGAGGAAACAGCUAGUACAGAUGUUAGUAGAGAUUCAGCAGAUACGAUAAUAGCUCCAAAAAAAAAAGAAGACGGAUGAAAUAAUUCAUAAUGACGAGGAUUUGUUAAAAGAUAUGGAUGAUAAUCGAGCAAAACGAACUGCGCAGAGGGAUGAGUUACGUAAAGAAGUACUAACAUCAAGUGAUCCUUUAAAAGCUUUUUUUGAUUCAAUGUAUCAUAGUACAAAGCAGAUGCCGGAGUAUUAUCAAAGAACAAUAAAAAGAAAGUUGUUCAAUUGGUAAUGGAUGCUGAAGACAAUAUUGCUAAUACAAACUAUUCAUAUACCGGUUACUACUCAAACGAUUAUUCUUACAACUCUCGCCCUUCUACGAGUCAGACAAUUUUUUCUUCUGGACACGGUUCUGCCUCACCUGAACCCAGCGGUUCUGGUGUGCAGCAAAUUGGAAUUAGAGAACAUACUACUCGUAGCCAAAACGAAGAGAUCCAAGAUUCAAUGUCUGCCGCUGAAAUCACGCCAAGCGAUGGAGCCUUACCUUAAUGUAAUGACGAGACGCUCUCUUGUACCAAUAGCUUCUCUAUAAUUUGUAUUUUCUUUUUUAAAGUCAUCUUCUAUUAAACUAUGCAAAUUUUCAAACUCGUCUCUUGUCAUUCUAAAAUAUGUGCGAAAGCCAUCAUUUGUUAAUUCAUAGAAUAGUUUGAAUUCACUGCAUUCUUUUCUGAAAUAAUUAAUA